CUCGUCUUGAUCUUAAUGAUUAUGCUACUUACAAUUUACCAAAAUAAAGUUUGUUAAAAUAAUAUUUUAAAUUAUAUAAAGAAAAAUAAUUGUAUGUAUUUUAUUUGAUAGUUCUACAACAAGUAACAAAUCGUCCUUUACCUCAACGAUAACCAAGAAAUGUUUCAAACGUCAUGAAACAAGAUAAUGAGUUAAUUCAAUUAGGAUAUAGUUGAACAUUUCAUAGUUGAAAAUUGAAUUUUCCUAAUAAUAGCAAUGUGAACGAGUACAUAAAAAAUAGAUUUAGUCAUUUAACACAUUAAAAUACAUCAUAGGACAUUAAAAUCAGCCAAUAAUAGGUGUAGCAUUUGAACUAUUCCUUUGUAUAUGUUGUUUUCAAUCCUGUUUGAUUUUGUCAGGAAAAUUCAAUUUGUCACUCUUAUUCUCCACAUAACAAGGAAGAAUUUUCAAAAAGGCCGUAUCAUGCUUUGCAACUGAACACGCUCUUUCAAACAACAAAAAAAAACUAAAUGCCUUUAAUGAAGUCUCACGGACAAUUUUAGGUUGCCAUUAGUGUCCUGCAAUCAAGUCCAGUAUCCGGUACCCAACCUGGCCUGAUAAUUAGUGACAUUAACAACUAAAUCACUUGUUUUUUUUUAGCGAAAUUUUAGAAGAUUCUUUUAUUGUUGUUUGUUGAUGUGGUUAAAAUAAUAGUAUAUUUUGUCAUAUGAAACAAAAGUUUGAAAAGCAUAGUAUGAUUAUGAAAGCUCCUGUUGGAUGUCAAUUACUUCUGAUCGAGUGUCAGAUACUGUUAUUCGGAUUCGGAUGCGAAAAGUCGUACUCGGACAGGACACUAGUUGUCAUAUAUGCUAUUUUAGAUCCUUUUUCCUCAUUUGACAACUCAAAAUCCUCUGCGGAACUUCAUUCGGACCAUUAAGUCAUUUUUUCGUUUGACAGAGCCUUUUUUUUGAAAAUUUCCCUUGGUUAUGUGUAGAAAAGAUUUGACAAAUUGAGUUUUCCUGGCCAAGAUUGAUUCCAUCUCUUUAUGGGAAAGAAAAAAUCUUCAUACUUUAUUUUUUUCUAGGCUAAAGUUUUAUCCGGCAGAGUAUCUCAUUCAAGUAAUAUUCCAGUAAUUAAUUUAAUUUUAAUUGAUAAUAUUGGUUCAUGUAGAAUAACAUCAAUCACAUCACCAUUAUAUUUUUUUUAUUCAAUUCAAAAAAAAAAUAAUUUUGAACAAAUCUAUAAUAAUGUUGUUCGAAAUAAUCGUGAUAAACGUUUUUAUCUUGUACAAAUUAUUAAUCAUUAUCGUGCAUGUAAAACACUUGUUAUUCUUUGUUUCGAUUUUGGGGAAUAG